AUGGCGCGGCCCCAGGAUGAGGGGGAGGGGACCUGCGACGGCGCGGCCCACGGAAGGGACGCGUCCCGGGCUCCGGUGGAGGUGGGCCCUGCGCGGACGCAGUCCCUCGCCGACCGGCCGGCGCAACAAAGCGGCGCCGCCCGCCCUGACUUCCCGGCCGCUGACUCGGGCCCGCGACGCGACCAGGAGCACGACGACGCGGCGGCGGUUCCGGGCGGGGCCCCAGCGAAGAACUUCCCGGCCCCGCUCGCCCGCCUCACCUCGGCACCGUCUACCGCCGCGGGGGCGCCGUCGUCCGCGGCCCCGGGGCCUCGCGCGCCGAGUGACCGGGCGCCGGUGGCGGCAGCGGCUGGUAGCCCCGCGGAGACCGGGGCGGCGGCGCAGACGGCGGCGGCUCCAUCUUCCCGGGUGCUCGUGGCUCCGCUCCGACGCGCAGACCCAAGUGGGACAUUCGCUACAUUGUUGGCAUUCCACGGGCGUCACGUGACCGCGCGUCACGCUCGAUCUGCCCCGCCCGCGCUUCCUGGUCCGGCCGCCACCUGCGGCCCGGCGCUGUCCCCGCCCGCGCGGCGCGCAGUGAGAGUUGGUCGCUGUCCCUAG